AUGACAACGGUGUUUCACGAUAUGAUGGGAAAAGAGGUGGAAGACUAUGUGGAUGAUCUUGUGGUGAAAUCAAAGACUAGAGAAGGCCAUCAAGAGGUGCUGAGGAAGGUGCUGGAAAGAUGUCGGCUGUAUGGGUUAAAGAUGAACCCCAAAAAGUGCGCAUUCGGGGUGUCAUCCGGAAAAUUCUUGGUGUUCCAAGUGCAUCAGCGUGGCAUAGAUGUAGAUCCAAAAAAGACAAGAGCUAUAAAUUCCCUUGCGCCUCCAAGAAAUCCAAAGGAGUUGAAAAGUUUCAUGGGGAGAUUAUCCUAUAUUCGGCGCUUCAUCCCAGGUCUUGCUGCCACUAUAAGUGUUUUUGCUCCCUUAUUCAAGAAGGGCAGGCCAUACGAAUGGAGCAAGGAAUGCCAAGAGGCCUAUCAGCAAGUGCAACAAAUAAUUACUAAGCUGCCCACCAUGAGAGCACCCAUUCCGGGACUUCCUCUCAAGAUUUAUCUAGCUGCAACAAAUGCAGCGGUUGGGGCCUUACUCGCUCAAGACAACCAUGGUGGAGAAGAAAGCCCUAUUUACUAUGUGAGUAGGCAAUUAAGGGGAGCUGAAACAAGAUAUCCAAAGACUGAGCUCUUAUGCCUUGCCCUUGUCUAUGCUGCGCAACGCUUGCGUCAUUACUUUCUCGCUCAUAAGCUACAACUCAUAGUGAAGUCUGUUGCUCUAUUUCCUGAAGAAGAAGGAUCGAUUCUUUCGGAGGAGGUUCUGGGAGAGCUGCCGGAAAUAGUGGCUAUUGUUACAGAGGAAGAACCAUGGACCCUCUACUUUGAUGGUUCUUCUACGUCAAAUGGUGGAGGAGCAGGUGUGGUACUCAUCAACCCCGGGGGGCAAGCCACGGCCCUCUCAUUCAAACUAAAUUUCCCAUGCACGAAUAAUGUGGCGGAGUAUGAGGCAUUCAUUAUGGGAGUGUCUACAGCAAAGGAAAUGGGCAUAGAAAGGAUUAAAAUCAUUGGCGACUCCAAUUUGGUGCUAAGUCAGUUACAAGGAAGCUUUGCUGUGAAAGAGUCAACAUUAGCGCCAUAUCGCACAGCUGCUGAAAAGCUUGUCAAUUCUUUCAAGCAAGUGGUACUGGAACAUAUUCCAGGAGCCACUAAUAGAUAUGCUGAUGCCUUGGCUACGUUGGGGUCAAAGCUCUCAUUCGUCCAAGAGCAACCCAACAUCACCGUAGUAAAAAGGGAUGUUCCAGCAGUUGAAGCAAUGGCUCAAGAGGAGCUGCUGGAGGAAAAAGAUUGGAGAAAAUCCAUGAAGGAAGGGUUGAGCGAGGGAAGCAACAUCAAGGACUUGAAGGACUAUGUGGUUAUCUUCAGAGAACUUUACAGACGCCUGCCAGGAGGUAUUUUGACUCGCUGCAUAGGAUUGACAGAAGCACGGAGAAGACUCCAAGAGGUACAUGAAGCCACUUGCAAUUUGGAGCCAAUAAUCAGCCUAUAUCGGUGCCUGCAAUGCAAGGGUUAUUAUUGGCCAGAAAUGAAGAAACAAGCAGCUGGGGUUCAAACCAAUUGUCCCAAGUGUGCAACAAUACCCUCCACCGAAGAAUCAUUCACCAUUUCAUUUGCGGAAGAUUGGAGGGCGCCAUACUUAGCGUUCUUUAUUGAAGGAAUUUUACCAAGCAACACCAAGCAUGCCCACAAGCUCAAAAAGACGCUAAAGAGAUACUUCAUAGACGGUUCCACUCUCUAUCGCAAAGGGUUUAAUGGUGAACCCUUGAAAUGCUUAGGAGAAUCAGAAGCGCAGCAAGUGAUGCAAGAAAUUCAUGCUGGAGACUGUGGUGAACACCAAGGGAUGAAGAGGCUCCAUCGGCAACUGCUAAAUGUUGGGUAUUACUGGCCUACCAUGAAGAAUGAUGCAUACAAUUUUGUGAAGAAGUGUCAUACGUGCCAAGUUCAUGCCAAUUUAAGUCACAACCCUCCCACGUUAUUGCAGGACAUGGGUACUCCUUGGCCUUUUCACACUUGGGGGCUUGACUUGAUCGGAACUAUCCACCCACCUUCCGAUGGCUAUAUAUGGAUCCUCACAGCCACUGAGUAUUUCACAAAAUGGGUUGAGGCGAUUCCCCUUCGAAAGGCCACGGGGGCUACCAUUGCAAAUUUUAUCUGUGAGUACAUCGUCUGCAGAUUCGGAAUCCCAUAA